AUGACGAUAAAUACUGUUAUUCUUCUUGGAUCGUAUUUGAUCUUGAUGGUUCAUGGAAUUCCAAUAGUGCCACCACCAAAAGCUCUUGCAUCAUCUAUCCACCACACUCGAAUCAGUCCUGAAGAACUUGGUGGUGGCUAUGGUGGUGAUAUGUUAUUCCCGAACCUCCCAUCUAAAAGUAUGAAUCGUGGUGUUGCGUAUGCUGAAGUCAAUAAAUGGCCUUCAGGAAUCAUUCCAUACAACAUGUCAGCCAUUACAAAUGCAGGAGAUCGUCAGAUGAUCGAGACUGCCAUGCAGCAUGUUAUGUACGAUACAGGAUCACCUAUUGUAAACUCGGUAUCGCGUACUGCUUGUGUUCAUUUUCGACCAAAACAAUCUAGCGAUGCCACUUUCGUAACUAUCGUUUAUGGACAGGGAUGUAGCGCACACGCUGGUUAUUGGCCUAAUUAUCCAUUGAAACUGACAUUGCAGAAAGAUGCCACGGCUAAUCGCUUCGAUAGUGGUACUAUUCAGCAUGAACUGUUGCAUGUAAUAGGCUUCAAACACGAACACCAGCGUCCGGAUCGUGAUAAUUACAUUCAAAUCAAUUAUAAUAACAUUGACCCGGAAUGGGUAAGCUUUUUUAUUACAUGA